AAAAAUGAAAAAUAUUCCAAAUUCCACAACAAUUCCAUCAAGCAGCAAUAUCACAGUUUUACAAAAACAACGAAAAUGUUUCUUGAUAGACACUCUCCUCGAACAAAGACAGAAACGCCUUGAAGCCGCUUCGAAUAAUAAGGCAAAUGAGACCAAAUUUUGUAACACUGUGAGGGAUCAGAAAGAAUGCUUUGAUAAAAAUGAAAAUAUACGUCAAGUGGAUUUUGAAGAGAAUCAAGAAGAAGCAAGGAAUGAAAAUAAUGAUAAAGAAUAAGCUAUUGAAGAAACUCUUCCUAGC